AGCCUCCAAGGGAAGACCGUGGUCAUCACAGGGGGAAACACUGGGAUUGGGAAGAUGACGGCCCUGGAUCUGGCCCGGAGAAGAGCUCGCGUCAUCCUGGCCUGUCGCAGCAGAGCGAGAGGAGAAGCGGCUGUCUAUGACAUCAGGCGGGUGCGGGCUCUGCGCUCCUAUUGCCUCACUCAGAUGGAUGCAGUCUGAGCCCCAGAGAUGAGCAGUCCCUGCUGUAUGGCAGGCCUCCACCGUCACGGGACGCUGCUGAACUUUGAGGGUCCACCAAGGCUUAGGAUGGAGCAUACCCAGGGAGGUGCAGAGGGCAGUGGUACCAGCUUGGGGAAGGUUUAGGAACCCUGGCAGAUAAGCAAUAAAAGAGUUCCCUUAUUCCCAGGAGAGGAAGCAGCAUUUAAGGGCUCUGCUACUCCCCAGUGAGGCGAGGGGCGUAGAUGCCAGCACUGGGUGGGGAGUGGAGGGCUGCAGAGGUACUUGCCUACAGAGAAUGCUGGCAAGGGGGUUGUGCACAUUCAUGGGCACGGUGGGCCCCAUUUCUAUAUACAGGGAGCUAACCAAGAUGACAGCAUCCCCCAGGCUGGAUUCUCUGAUUGCCCCAGGGAUGCCUGAAUUCCCCGUUUACCUGCCCAACUGCCAAAUUAAACACCCGGUGAGGCCUUUCUCCAUCCUGCUCGGGUGUCUCAAUGUGGGCUGGCUGGCUGCAUGGUGUCAAACGGUAACCACUGCGGAGCCUGCAAAAAAAACAUGCACGCAGGCUCUGGGGCUGGGUGCUCUGAAGGGCAAGCAGCUCCCUCUGCUAGUUCCUGUUUGCAGUUUGCCCCGUGCUUCAAGGUGGAAACGGGACAUCACCUUCCGCGUCGCUGUCACUGGUCUGGAGCCUAACGCCCCAUGCACCACUGUGGCCUGCAAUGAGUGCCUCCCCCUCUUUCUCCAGGAGAGCGGGAACAAUGAGGUUCUCUUCAUGAGUCUGGACCUGGCCAGCCUGGACUCAGUGCGAGCAUUUGCAGAGACUUUCCUGAGAUCUGAGCCUCGUCUCGACAUCCUGAUCAACAACGCAGGGGUUGGAGCAGGUGGCAGGAAGAAGGAUGGCUUUAACCUGGUCUUUCAGGUCAACCACCUUGGUCACUUCCUUCUGACUCACCUCCUCCUAGAGCGGCUGAAGCUCAGUGCACCGAGCCGCGUGGUGAUUGUGGCCUCCAAUGCACAUCGAUCGGGGAAGAUAGACUUUGAGACCCUCCAAAAGCCAGUGGAAGGGAUACUGCAGAACUUCCAGGCUUACUGCACCAGCAAACUGGCCAACAUCUUGUAUGCCCGAGAGCUGGCAAACAAACUGGAGGGAACCGAUGUAACCUGCUAUGCUGUUCACCCAGGGGUCGUUAACACUGAACUAUUCCGCUACAUUCCGAUCUGGCUGUGGCCAUUCUUUGUUCCGAUCUCCUGGCUCUUCUUCCGAGACCCCACUGAUGGAGCCCAGACCUCUAUCUACUGUGCCACGCAGGAGGGCAUUGAGAUGUUCAGCGGACGGUACUUUGUGGACUGCCGGGUACAAGAUCCCAGGCCCCAGGCCCGUGAUGAUGCUGUUGCCAAGAAGCUGUGGGAAGUCAGUGAGAGGAUGGUGGGUUUGGCUGCUUAGAAUGUGCUAUCCCCUGACCCGGAGAGCUAUGUAGGGACCAUAGACUGGAAUAGCAGUGGCUGCUGUAGGGGUAGGCUUAACGUGCAUUAGGACACUGAGAGGGCCUCAGACUGGCCAGAGAGAGGCAGAGCUGAAAGCGAGGCCUCAGAUACAUUAGAAGUUACAUGGUGGAAGCUUCCAUGGCAUCUAGGCUAUACUAGACGAUCCAACACUGUAAUAUGAACAUGUACCCAUCUUUUUAACAAGCAGGAUUUUCUUUACACUGCAUCUAACAAAUAAGAUUGUGAGAGCUGGGAUUACCACUCUGAAUGUAGGUGCCUUACCGUGCCCCAGUGUGUAAGGAUGAUGAUGUGGGUUCUGCUGGUGCUAUCCACGCUCUCAUUUCUCUCACCUCAAGCCCUGUUUCAUAUCCAAACAUUUUCAAUACAAUUAUAGAAAAUGCUAUCAAUUAAAACACAAUGAAAAUAACUGUUUUAAAAGGUGAAUUAAAACAUCUCCUAGAGCAU